AUGAAGCCCAACCCAGCAGGCUCCUCUCCAGAGGCCUGCAAAGCUGCAGGCCAAAGGGAGAAGAACUGCCCUGUCUGCCAGGUGUGGGGAGGAGUCUCAGGCCCAGGGCCUGAGUCAGAGCCUGGGCCCCGGUCUGGUGCUGCUUCGGGACCUGGGCCGGGACCUGGUGCUGCCACAGGACCUGGGCCCCGGUCUGGUGCUGCUUCGGGACCUGGGCCGGGACCUGGUGCUGCUACGGGACCUGGGCCGGGACCUGGUGCUGCUACGGGACCUGGGCCGGGACCUGGUGCUGCUACGGGACCUGGGCCGGGACCUGGUGCUGCUACGGGACCUGGGCCCUGGUCUGGUGCUGCUUCGGGACCUGGGCUGGGACCUGGUGCUGCUUUGGGACCUGGGCUGGGACCUGGUGCUGCUUCGGGACCUGGUGCUGCUUCGGGACCUGGUGCUGCUUCAGGACCUGGGCCGGGGCCUGGUGCUGUUCUGGGCCGUGGGCGGGGACCUGUACCUGCGGCUGCUUCAGGCCUGGGCCCUGGGCCAGGAGCUGCAUCAUUACCUGGACCAGGGGUAGGGUCUGGGCUCAGACAUGGGUCUGGGACUUGUCCCAAAUCCAAUGAGCCAAUGACAGCCCCACCACCAGCAUCACAGCAGAAGAUUCAAACCACACCUAUGGAGGCUCCCAGGCAGAAGGUUCUGGUAACUGGAGGAGGAGGCUACCUGGGCUUUAGUCUGGGUUCCAGCCUGGCCAAAAGUGGCACUUCUGUCAUCCUGCUUGACCUCCGCAGACCCCAGUGGGAGCUGUCCCCAGGGACUGAGUUCAUUCAGGCUGACAUCCGAGAUGAGGAAGCCCUGCUGCAUGCCUUUAAAGGAGUGGACUGUGUCUUCCAUGUGGCCUCCCAUGGAAUGUCUGGUGCUGAGAAGCUUCAAAAACAGCAGAUUGAGUCUAUAAAUGUUGGUGGCACCAAACUGGUGAUUGAUGUUUGUGUCCGCCAGCGGGUUCCAAGGCUCGUCUAUACCAGCACCGUCAACGUUGCUUUCGGUGGGAAGCCCAUAGAAGAGGGCGAUGAGGACUCUGUGCCAUACUUCCCUCUGGAGAAGCACAUGGACCACUACUCCCGAACCAAAGCCAUCGCCGACCAGUUGACCCUCAUGGCCAAUGGAAUGCCUCUCCCAGGAGGAGGCAAUCUGCGGACGUGUGUGCUCCGGCCCCCAGGGAUCUACGGCCCUGAAGAGCAGAGGCACCUGCCCCGUGUGGCGAGCCAUAUCAAGAAGAGACUGUUCAUGUUCCGAUUUGGGGACCGAAGGACAAGGAUGAACUGGGUGCAUGUGCACAAUCUGGUGCAAGCACACGUACUGGCAGCUGAGGCCCUCACCGCGGCCAAGGGCUAUGUAGCCAGCGGUCAGGCAUACUACAUCAACGACGGGGAGAGCGUCAACCUCUUUGAGUGGAUGGCCCCACUGUUUGAGAAGCUGGGGUACAGCCAGCCAUGGAUCCAGGUGCCUACUUCCUGGGUUUACCUGACAGCCACGGUGAUGGAGUACCUGCAUCUGGCCCUGAGGCCCAUCUGCAGCAUCCCACCACUGCUCACCCGGAGUGAGGUGCACAGUGUGGCGGUAACGCACACCUUCCAGAUCGCUAAGGCCCGUGAGCAGCUCGGCUAUGCGCCAGACAAGUUCAACUUCGCGGAUGCCGUGGAGCGAUAUGUACAGUCCACGACGGGGCGGCCCCGCGGCUCCACAGCGUGGUCACUCCUGCGGCUACUGCUCGGGCUGCUGCUGCUCCUGGGCCUGCUCGCCCUUGUCCUGUGCUUCCUAGGCCGGCAGCCGUCCGGAGUCUGACCGUCUACCCGGAGAGCGCAGCCGUGGACCCGCCCAGGCGGCCCUCAGGGUUUAGGCAAGCCCCUCCCUCGUCACAGGAACCAUGGCCACGCCCCUUCCCCCCUUCUGGGUCUCGGCCCUACUUCUCCCUCUGGCCUGGCCAGGUUAGCGAAGAGAUCCUAGCCUUAGGCCUGCUCCCUCUGACCGUCCUUCUCCCCACCUCUGCCCAGUCCUGGAUCACCCCGAUUCUCCCCUGCUCGGAUUCCUCCUUUUCCUGGGCCUGCGCCCAAGCCCACCCUUCGUUGCUCCUCCCUCUGGGUGCGGUAUCUCCCUUCUGCCACGUGCCCCAUCCUGGCCCCCGCCCCUUCCGCUCUGCUUCCGCUCCGGCGGGCAAACGACCUAAGGGAGCUCCUGGGCCUGGCCUUGGUCGUCCCUAGUGGGUAGUGCAGGGUGGGGCGGUUGCCCACUUUUCUUGUCUGCUGCAGCUACCUUAUGGACACUGGACCCUCCUCGCUGCCCCAACCUCUGGGUCACUCAACCUAGUAAGCACAGCACCAGCAGCGACAUAAAACAACAACAAAAACUUUUAUUUAAAAGAAUUAAACUUCUUGAAAAAAUACCGAUAUAGUUACAUUAGAAAGAAUUUGAACUUAGUUCGCCUUAUUUUAUAAUUUAGUAUUGCUUCUAUUUGUUAAUGAGGGGGCAGUGGUGAUCACCAUAAUCUUUGAUGUUUAAACCCGCAAAAUUUCUUAAUCCAACCCUACUUUCCACAGAAGCAGUGCCUCCCUAUUAUUCUGGUGAUUAUGGAUACCAAGAUCAGGAUGUAGAUACAUCCAUGCAUGUAUCAUAAACUACACAUGUGGAACUGGCCCGUCAAACUGUCAACCCUGGUAAAGAUGAAAAUCAUGAACCUGAAAAGCUUGUGGUGGAGGGGAGGGAAAGUGUUAAUCAGAACCAAUGUGGCCAUCAUGGGGGCUGGACAUCUACAAC